AUGGGUUCAUUGAGCAAGUCAAAUCCAAAUCCAAAUCCAUGGACCCCAAAAGAUUGUUCCUCAGGAAUCUGCAGCAUCUACUGUCCGGAGUGGUGCUACGUAGUGUACCCUCCACCCCCUCCCUCUCUCUUCCUCACCCAAACGCAACGCCACUCUUCGCCCUUCCAAUUCUCCCCUCUCGUCGUCGCCCUCAUCGGAAUCCUCGCCACCGCCCUCAUCCUCCUCACCUACUACACCCUCGUCUCAAGGCUCUGCCGCCACACCGCAGCCCCCAGGGAGCCCCCGCAGGGGAACACACCCCAAGGGUUGGACCACUCUCUGAUCGAGUCCAUCACCGUUCGCAAGUACUCCAAGGGCGGUGGGGCCCACGCUCGCGACUGCUCCGUCUGCCUGAGCGACUUCCAGGAGGAGGAGAGGGUGCGAGUGUUGCCGCGCUGCAACCACGCUUUCCACCUCCCCUGCAUUGACACCUGGCUCCACUCCAACGCCACCUGUCCCUUGUGCCGUUCCUCUGUCAUUCUCGUCUCCACACGUGCGCCUUCUGCUUCUGCUUCUGCUUGUUGA